AUGCUGUUGAGAGUAGCGAUUUUGAGACAUCGUCUUGGGAACCAAGCUCGGUGUUUGAGACCUCGACUACCAGCAGUGAAUGGUUGUCAUCAGUGUCGUCGUCGAUGCCUUCGUCGUCGUCGAUCUUCUCGCCUACGUCAACGUCAGAAUCAUGGUCGAGCACCGCAUUGUCAUCGUCCUUAUCAACACCAUCAACGUCGUCCUCAUCAUCUGAAUCAUCAUCCGAAUCAUCUGAAUCAUCAUCAAGCUCAUCAAGUUCGUCAAGUUCAUCAAGCUCAUCAAGUUCAUCAAGCUCAACGAGCUCAUCAAGCUCAUCAAGCUCAUCAAGUUCAUCAAGCUCAACAAGCUCUUCAAGCUCAUCAAGUUCAACAAGUUCAACAAGUUCAACGAGCUCAUCAAGCUCAUCAAGCUCAUCAAGUUCAACGAGCUCCUCGGAUGUCGCAAUCACAACAACACAGGGGGAUCAUCAAGGAGAACAAGGAGAAUGAUUCCUCCCCGUACCCGGAUUUGCCUGGCCGCUAUUCGCUGCUUGAACGGAUUGGAGACGGCGCCUUCUCCACUGUCUUCAGAGCUCACGAUAAGGAACUCGACAUCGAUGUUGCCAUCAAGAUCAUCGACAAGACUGAACUGACAAAGAGCCAGAUGGACGUUGUUUUGAAAGAGGUUGCCAUAAUGCGCCGUCUCGACCACCCAAAUGUUGUCAAGAUGUAUAACUACAUCAAUACAGAAACGGUAUGCUUUAUCAUUAUGGAAUACGUCUCUGGUGGUGAACUGUUUAACCAGAUUGUUAAGCUCACAUACUUCUCCGAGGAUUUAUCUCGUCAUGUCAUUAUACAGGUGGUCAAGGCCAUUGACUACCUACACUCUGAAGUUGGAGUGGUCCAUAGGGACAUCAAGCCUGAGAACCUAUUCUUUGAAAAGAUCCCACUAUUCCCACGUGAAGCUGGUUCCAGUGUCCAUAGACGUGCGUCUGAUGACUCAUCCAAAGUUGACGAAGGUGGCUUUGUACAGAACGUUGGUGGUGGAACAGUUGGCCGUGUUAAGCUGGGUGAUUUUGGACUGUCAAAGGUUUUGUGGGAUUCAAAUACGAAGACACCAUGUGGAACCGCAUCUUAUACUGCUCCUGAGAUCGUUAAAGAUGAAUCUUAUUCUAAAUCAGUGGAUAUGUGGGCAAUUGGCUGCGUCUUGUAUACAAUGCUCUGUGGAUUCCCACCAUUUUACGACUCAGAUCCAAAAACACUGACACUGAAGGUUUCUCGCGGUGAAUACACUUUCUUAUCUCCUUGGUGGGAUGAGAUCUCCAAAGAAGCAAAGGAUCUGGUUUCUCAUCUGUUAACCGUUGAUCCAACAAAGAGAUACAGCCCAGAGGAGGUACUUAACGAUCCUUGGAUCCUGAAGAACUCUAGACCAACAACUCCGGCUUUGGAUGCACCUGUCUAUCAAACAAAAUCA